AUGAGAGUGGUCAAGCAAGUCUGGGAGAGAGUAGGCAUCGGGACUUCAUUGGCUGCUGCAGGGACAACUUUUCUGGACUGGUGUAUCCUCAUUUUCAAGACUUUGACAGCAGAAAAACAAUGUCUUGUUGCUGCACUGUGUUGGGCAGUUUGGGGAGCUAGGAAUGAUGUUGUUUGGCAAGGGAAACCGAUUAAUAUUUCAGCAAUAGUAGCUUCUGCAAGAAGUUAUCUUGAUCAAUGGCAAAACGCUCAAAAAACUCAAAUUGAGUCAUCUUGGUCUGAUCUUCAAGACUAUGAUGGGACAGAGCGAUGGAUUAAACCACAGAAUAAUAGUAUCAAGAUCAACGUGGAUGCGGCUAUAUUUGAAGGACAAAAUCGGUUUGGGGGUGCUAUUGUUAUUAGAGAUCAUAAUGGUUUUUUAAUUGAAGGCCAUACUAAAUUGCACCGAGGCAACAUUGCUCCUUCUGUAGCAGAGGCUUUGAGCUUUCGGGAAGCCUUAAGCUGGAUCAAAGAUCACCAAUCCUAUCCCGUAUGGGUGGAGACCGACUGCCUUCUGGUCAUUCAAGCUUUAAGGAGCUCGACUAGUUUGACUUCUUAUUUUGGUUGUGUGAUUCAGGAAUGUAAAGCCAUUAUGGGAAACAUCCCUACUGAGUUGUUGCCUAUUUUGGUGACAGAGUUUGAAGGUUAA